AUGCUCUCGACCUCUGUAGCUGAUAGUUUUCUUCCGGCGCAGGCCCUGGUCCCGUCGGGGCGGCCUCCGGACUCUACAAACGCGCUUCUUUGCUCUUCGACGGAUCAGACAGGUAACGAGGCGAUCGCCCCGUCGACGGACAUGGCGGUUGAGGCUUCCCCUCCACCGGUGGUGUCGCAACCGAUGAUCUCGUAUGCUAGUGCGGUGGUGGGUCAUAAAAACGUGACUACACAGAGCCCAAUCGCCAGCCUCUGGACCCCUGUCGGAGAGCACGAUCUCAUCCCGGGAGAACGGAACGGGGAACCAGCCCUGAGAGUCUCGACGUCUUUCAAGAACAAGAUAUGCGAGCCUUGGCAACGCACUCUUGUAGUGAGACUCCUCGGAUGCAAAAUUGGAUUCGCUGCCCUGUGCUCCCGCCUCCGGUCGCUCUGGAGACCAGUGGGAUCGUUGGAAGCCAUAGACCUCGAUCAUGAUUGUUUUCUGGUGAAGCUUUCUAACGAGCAGGAUUACUUCCGCGCGUUAACGGACGGUCCCUGGGUCAUCUAUGAUCAUUAUCUAGUAGUUCAGCAGUGGACGCCCAAUUUCAAGGUUUCGGACCCCAAAUGA